AUGCCUCGGCGAAUACUUUCUGAUUCUCACAAAGGCUGGUCAGGAUGGGAGUCUCGUUUUAAUGCUGCAUUGAGGAUGAGUAAGUCAAGCAUGUUUUCUACAAGAGUGAAAAAUGAACAGGAAGGAAAUCGUUUGUCGAUGAAAUUACGUCACAUCCGGAAAAGUAAACAAAAAACUGAAGACAUAGCAAACAGGGACAUAAGAGAGACGAAAGACGACUUUAUCAAAAUCAUCGCUUCUGGACAAGUCUAUAGAAAACAUCGAUUUGAGAAAUAUGAUCCAUAUCUGAAGGAUAUAAAAGAGCACAGGACUGUAGUAGUGGACAAGUUCAAGGACAUAAAGAAGGCAACUAAGAACAUCCGACUCGCAAACAUGAUCGCUAAAGGUCGUAUGUUUGAGCGACCCUUCAAUGACCUUGCACCUAUCCCCGAAGAAAGUGGUGUUGUUUCGAUGGGAAACCGUCGCGAGUCGUUAAUUCAUCCGCUUGAUCAGUCCAGCAUGAUAGGAUUGAGACGGUCUUCUAUGAGUAGUUCAGUUGAUUUAGCCGUUCGCAGAGACCGUGCGGUUUCUGCAUCGUCGCGGUUCACUGACCAAGCCAGCAUUAAGAGUGAACAGCUUCGCGUGAAAGAAUAUUCGUACAAAAGGAUCAAACGAAAAGCUAAGACUAUUAUCAUGAGUCGAGAUAGGACCAUAUUUCCGGGAGAAUGCAAAUCGACUUAUGAGAUGAGGAAAUUCAUGGCAAAAGAAGCAACAGAUUUUAUAUAUUCAUUCUCAGCUGAGGGUAGACGGCAGGCUCAGAUCGACAAGCUAAAACGAGAGGUACAACUUCCACCUUUUGUAGAUCGAACAAAGUCGACUUCAGCUAUACUGCGACACUACAGGGAGUACAAAUCCAACAGGCCUCUUUUAGAACCUGUUUAG